AUGCUGAGCGCACCUGUUCCCCCGCCGCCGGUAUCGGCGCUCCCCCAACGCCCCCCUUCGCCCGCGCCGUCCACGAUCAACCUAUAUACCACCCCGUCGACGCCCAUUGGCGAGCCCAUCACGACGCUACAAAACGACCCCAUGUUCCUCCUCUCCACGCCCCCCACCCCGCCUCUCCCGCUGGCCUCAAUGGUGCCCCCGCCCCUGCCCGAGUCCACAUCCGACUGGCAGGGUGUCACAUCGUUGUCGCCCCCGCCCCGCCGCGGCUCGCGCCGCAUCUCCGCGCAGGAGCGCGAGAGCCUCGAGUCCACGCGCCCCACGCCAGACGCCGCCGGUCCGGACGUCCAGCCUGCCCGUUUGUCUAUCUCGCUUUCGCCCUCUACGUCCGCUGUGUCUCUGCUGGUAGAUAUGUAG